AUGAGUUCCAGAAGUGGUGGUUCUAAUUGUGCUAUUGCGACGUGUGAUUUGUAUUCUGGCAAAUCAAAAAAAAUUGGAAUGACUGAUAUUUCGUUUCACAGAUUUCCAAAAGAUCCUGAUGUCCAGAAAAUAUGGACUCUGAAGUGUAAACGAGGAGACUCCUGGAAUCCCAGUAAAUCUUACAUUUGUUCCAAACAUUUUAAAUCAGAAGACUUUGUUCGUGAUUUAAAAUCUGAACUUAUGGGAAACAAAACUGUCAGAAGAUUGAAACUUGGUUCUAUACCAACACUGAACCUUCCCACCUGUUUAUCUACUGAAACAUAG